UCAGUCAUAGAGCCGCUGCUCCGCUUUGUACUGCAAGUCCUUGUUAAACAAUAGAAAGAAAGUUGUAACUCGACGGAACAUGAAUAAAGAAACACGGUGAUACAGCGGAGACAAACAGGGACUGACAUAAUUUACUACAGUUUCAUCACUGUUUUGACCGGCUACUGAAGGUGGUUUUCUCCCACAAAUAAAAGUUGGAUAACAGUUUUGUCCACAAAAUGUGGAGCGGCCAAUAGUUUGUUGUUGUUAGCUAAGUCAGACUAAGUCAGAGCUCGCUGUAAGGUUUGUCACCACAGUGUUACGACGGAAAGAGCUGGAGGAGACACAGUGCUACGGGCAGGUUAAGGUAAAUGGAACCGCAGUUGUUGUGCUGUGAGGGGGACAGGCCUGCCAGGGCCUACCGGGACUCCAACCUGUUGACUGACCGGGUCUUGCGUGCGCUCUUGCGGGCAGAAGACAAGUAUCUCCCCGCUUCGAACUACUUCAAAUGCGUCCAGAGAGAAAUAGCUCCGUACAUGAGGAGGAUAGUGGCGACCUGGGUGCUGGAGGUGUGUGAGGAACAGAAGUGUGAGGAGGAGGUUUUCCCUCUGGCUAUGAACUACAUGGACCGCUUCCUGUCUGUGGAACCCACCAAGAAGAACCACCUGCAGUUACUGGGAGCUGCCUGUAUGUUCCUGGCCUCCAAACUGAAGGAAACAAUCCCGCUCACUGCUGAGAAACUCUGCAUCUACACAGACAACUCCAUCACACCUACUCAACUGCUGCAAAUGGAGCUGCUGGUUUUGAACAAGCUGAAGUGGGACCUGGCCUCAGUGACCCCUCUGGACUUCAUUGACCACUUCCUGUUUGAGCUGCCAGUCAGGACGGACAGCAGGCUCAUACUCAGGAAGCACGCUCAGACCUUUGUGGCUCUGUGUGCCACAGAUGUUAAAUUCAUAGCCAGCCCUCCAUCCAUGGUGGCAGCCGGCAGCAUGGUGGCAGCAGUGGAGGGCUUACAGAUGAAAAUGGUGGGCAAUGCCAUGAUGUCACAGAAGCUGACAGAGAAGCUGGCACAGACCAUCAGGAGUGACCCGGACUGUCUCAGGGCGUGUCAGGAACAAAUCGAGUCACUGCUGGAAACCAGUCUCAGACAUGCACAACAGCAACACUCAGUUACCAUGGAAACUAAGAACAUCGGUGAGGGGCAGGACCUCUCAACUACGCCCACAGAUGUCCGCGACAUAAACAUCUGACUGAGAAGAGAAGAGAAGCAGGUUGAACUGAUGAAGUGGGUGGUCAACACAGAAACACACAUGGCUGUGUUUUACAUGGUGCAGAGUGUGUGUGUAACGGGACUUGUGUAUGAAGACCAGCUGGGACCAGACAGAGAUGCUAAUACAGUCACAUCCAGGAUAGCAAUAGCCUGAAGACUGGAAGUAGCUCACACUGAAGGACUGGUUGAAAGAGUAACAUGUGUUCAGUGCAGCUUUUUACCUUGGGGUAACACUUUCUUUCCACUAGGCCCUGGUCACAUAAGCAAGGUGCAACCAGUUCACCAAGGACCAGAAGCCUUGUCUGAACCUCUGCCUGCUCCCAGAUUGAAAGACAGGAACUGGUGGGUGCGUUUCGAUGCUACAGACCCACAUUUCUCCAGUGUUAAAUAAUUAGACAUAAGAAUGCUCCAAAGAGCUGACUCAGGAGUAAACAAGUUCUUUACUAAAGGUGAAUAAUGUGAGAUGUAUCAAGAGAGACCCACUCCUACUCACAGUGAAGCGUCGGAGCUGGAAAUAGUUGCUUAAAACUACCUUAUUCUGAAUUACGUUUUGCCUUAUAUUACGUAUUAUUUAUCAUGAGCUAUACUGAGCUGUACAGUCAUUUUAAAACAGCUCUCAGAAGUGUGUGCUCAAGUAAGUAAUAAAAAAAUGUAUUAAAAAAAAUAACUUUUAGUCAUAAAUUUGAAGAUUAGGAGUAAAAGUGAAGAAAUGUACACUUGUUUCAUUUUAAGCAGUUUGAUUAAUAUGGUCCCUGGUCAGUAGGAUACAGCGUUUUUCCUCUGAAUAGUACUGGCUCAAGUCGACGUGACUACUGCUUUU